AUGGAGCGCUGUAGAACAAUGAAAUGCGGCGUACUGCCUCUUUUUCUAUUGUGUGCGGUGGUUCGUCGAUGGCAUACUAUCGACGCCACAUUCAGUCUCUUUGAAGACCCGAAAGACAGCUACAGCAGUACUGUUGGUGGGCAAACAAAUGUAGAUGAUGCUUCGUCGCCAACUAACGGUGUUAGACAGGCGAUUCCACCCACACCAGAUGCCGGCAAUAAUCGAUACACAUCAUCGUCGCCUGCACCUUCUCCGCCUAAUGACGAUGGUGUAACGAGGAUGCCAUCUGCACCGGAUCCGGCAACAGCAGUAACUGAGAAUCGUGUAAUACCUGUACCUGGGUCGGAUUCUAUUUCUGGCGAUGGCACGGGGGAGGAUGACGACAGCGACUUGAUGUUUUAUUUGACACAAUAUCGUGCACGGGCUCGUCGUACGGUGGAAGGACAUCUCUGCGCGUCUGCUUUUGUCGAGAAGAACCAGAUUUACACGGACUGCACGCUCGAGGUUGCACCAGAUGGUACAGAAAACCGUGAGUGGUGUUACCACGAAUCGCAACUCAACGGUAAGCUUGAGCGCGACUGGGGUUUUUGCGCUCCUCCGUUGAACUAUGAGCGUAUUCGUGCUACGGUACUGGGUAAGAUUCGGGAGAAGGCGGAACAAGGCAGUGAGCUAAAGCGUGCGUUGACCAAACAUAGAUCACUCCUGCUUGGCAUGGAACGCCGGUUGGGUGUAUUUUGCGGUGCUGGCCACAAGGGUUUCGAGCGUUCUUUGACACGCCUGGAGGAGAUGGUUCAGGAUUCUGAGAAUGCCCUUAAGUCUAUGCGGUCGCUCUCCAAUGAUGUCGUCGAGAUUAAGCAGGAGAUCAAGCGUGACCAGUGUCGUUACCGUUCUCUGCAACAAAAGAUGCCUCCAGAGGCAUCAGGGCAGCUGAGUGACGGCCUGGUGGGCACCUACUUUUCAGGCCAUCUGUUGGAGUUUCCGGCAUACGGCAGCCGCGUUGACCGAGAGUUGAACUUCGUCUUUUCUGACUUUAUGCCAGUCGUUGGUCUCAACCCUCACCGAUUUUCUGCAGUCUGGCAUGGUUUCCUGCGUGCGCCACACUCUGGAAAUUUUGUGUUUGCGAUAGAGACAAGUUCUUACGUGCGUAUGGAGCUUGAAGGCGUUGAGAUCGUGAACAAUGGCCUUGUUCGUCAGGGCGAUUCCGAAUCAGGAUACAGGUACUCGGUGAAUCCUAUGAUGCGCGGUGCUACACUGACUUCUCAAUCCCAGCAGCUGAUAGGGGGGCGGUUCUAUAGAGUACAAGUGGAGUUUAGUCACUCGCAGCAGUAUCAUCCCCGUGCCGUGGAGGCUGUGCUGAAGCUGGAGUGGUCUUCGCUACGUUUACCGCAGGAAGUAAUCAAGGAUUACCUUUACACUCGGGUAGUGCCACCUCGCCUGUCCAUAAGUUACCUUUCUCAUGAGCAUUUUGCGGUGGACAUAGCGUCUAAUGGGUCACUCGCGUUUGUGGACGAUCCUAAGGCAUUUUUGACUGACUUGUCUAACGACCUCAUCGGCACCAACAUGGUACGCACUGUCCGUUCGCCUGGAUUCCGGACUUUUGUGAUGCAGGUGAAUACGGCGUGCGCACUGUUUGUCGCAUACGCUCACGAGGUGCUGCCUGUGAGCGCUGUUACCGAAGAUGCACUGCGAUUUGGUGAGUCUGCGGGAUCGUUUGUGCAGUAUGUUGAUGGUGACGGCAAAGUGACGCCUUUGCGCGUAAAGCGUGCAAUAUUACAGCGUGGGCACACCUACACCUUCAACGUCGAGGUGCGUGAAACUCCGUUCAUCCUGUUCCUGUCGCUACGUGCUGUGAAUGAACCUUCUCAAGGAGAGGGUCCAUUGAAGGUUGUGUCGGUUCCUGAUUCUGAAUUUUACCUGAAUUGUUCGGAGUCCUCUAGUGUGGGUGAUGGUUUCGGCUGUUCUGCAGGAUUAUCAGGCAAAUUGCUCGACCAGAAACACGCCAUUUGGCGUCCACAGGAAGGAGCGGGUGCGUGGUUGAAGGUUAAUUUCCGACGCCCCGUAUUGAUCUCUGGUUUCCAACUGAAACAAAGUGAUGAUCCGUCGCGUUGGGUGCGUAGAUUAUCUUUGGAAUUUGGUGACCAUUCUGAGUUUUUUGAGAUUCUGCAUUCUAAUGACCCACGUUCUAACAUUUACAACCUUAGCGAGCCCCGUGCGGUUACGGAUAUAUUGGUUCGAGUUGAUGAUCUUUACACUAGUGCACAAUCUACUGCUUUGGGGAUAAACUUUUUGGGCCAGCGUCUUGUGGAGGAGUCUCCCGGUCUAAGGCGUAUAUUUUUGAAUUGCCAUGAUACUUUAGAGGAUAACGUUGAGGUACAACCUUUGAUGGAGGGUCACUCAUAUGAGUUGGUUUGCAGUCGACGUUGUUUUGACCCAUCCAUGACACCGGGGGCUGUCGAGGUGAAUGAUAUCAAGACCCCGCCAUGCAGCGCACUUAACAUUGAUUUAUGUCGCGUAGGAGGUGAUCAUGGUGUUUGCCAUGCAGCUGUUACGAUAUUGCGUAAGCAUAAUGGCGACCCCGCUUCUGACGGUGGUUUUGGUUUCGUGCUGUCACGUCUAGAUCGUGGAAUUCGUGACGUACCGUUCAACGUCUCGAUUAUAUUCAAGUCUGCCCCAAACCGUCUGCCACAGCAGAAUUUUUUGGUAGAUAACGGUUCCCUCAAGGGUCCCAUUGAUGCGUCAUAUGUACGUCAGGUUGGGGGCAACCCUCGAAUGGGUGAAGUGUCAUAUGGGUGGUUGCGACCUAACGUGUCUGAUGGUUCUGCUCUGGGUGUAGCAUUUCCAUUACCAGGAGAGUCACAACGCUGUAUACAGACACCUGGAUGCCAACCUAAUUACUGGUCUAUUGAUCUGCCACGUAAUGGUCGUUUCAAGGUUGAGUUGGUUGUAGGCGACGCAUCGACGUCCGAGGCUUCCUCGAAUACCGACAGGUCGCCAACUUCCCUCAAGUCAUCGUCUUCUACUCCCAUAUUUCAGCGCCUCUGUGUUGAAUUGAACGGCGAGGUUCUGCUGGGUUGUGUUGAAGUGGCUCAUGGGUCGUUGUACACUUUGGUUAAGGAGGUGGAGGUACGCAACAACCUCUUGAAGGUGACCUCUACGAGCGGCAGCGCCUCAUGUGCAAAAUACCGCACUCGUCUCCAGUUUAUCAAGGACACCAGUACAGGUAACGCCUCGGAUAGUCCUGAGCGGCCUGACUGGUUGGUGUACCCGGCGGAUUCCUAUAACUUCCGCGAAGAUUCCGCACCUAUAGGGCAGGGAUUGCUCUUCAAGAGCUCUGAUUCGAUUGUGAAUAAGAGAAUACGUGCUUACAAUCAGAACGGUCUACGUGUAACGGUUUACGGUGUCAUAUUGUGUCACCGCAAUGGGUUCCCACACAUUGUGUUACUGCAGGACUCUUCAGGCAGUUCUGGUUUGCUUGGUGGCAAGUGCAAGACCUUUGAGAACCCGCGUGAAGUGCUACGGCGCAAAGUAGCGCGGUUUAUGUCUACAACUCGCAAGGGUGGACAUCAAUUGGACUUGCGUGCCAAUGCAGACAAUGUGUUGGUUGGCGAGUUUAUGGGCGAGUUUUGGCGCCAGGACUAUGAUUCUGAUGUAUUGCCAUAUUUACCUCUUCAUGUGAACCGUCCUCGCGAGAAGAUUCUGAUAUACCAGGUUACUUUACGGGAGCAUUGUUCGUUUGUUUCUCCUAAUGAGCUUCGUAUUAUUCCGGUCCCUUUGCACGACUUUUAUAGUCCGGAUCAGGGUGUGGCGAUGUCUGCAUUGCCUCACCUGCUUGCGCGCUUCAACCUUUCAUUCAUGCAUCACCCUGAGUCUGUGACUAAGGACACUAUAUGCCUUUCAUCAUGCGGGUUGUCGGAAAAUGACGCCAGUUUGGUGUGUAACCCACAGGCGGAGACAUGGAAGAUUCGUCUCACCGUAGACAAGAAAAGUGGUUUUUCUGUUGCUGAUGAUUGUCAAGACAGCAAGAAGCGUUAUAAAUGUGUGCCGUACGAGAGCACGGAGAUCCAAUGCUCGGACGCUGCAUUUGAGACAUAUCCUGCUGGUUACAGCUGUUUUACUCAGUGCGGGGAGUUGCGGUGUCCGUCGGACGACUAUAUGACUCCUUCACCUACGGAGGACUUCAAGCUUGCUGACUGCAAGAGCAGUUAUCGAGUUCGUUGUCGGAUCCACGCGCACAAUGAAAAUCAGCUCAUAAACGCGCCAGAUUUGACAAUGGAGCUAGAGUUAGGAAGACGCCAAUAUGGCGUGCGGUCUUAA